UCUUCGUAUAAACUGCGAGUGAAUGUAAUGCAAAGGCCAAAGAAUGGACCGAAAAUCACCACUCCCCAAGGGAUCGCGUCUACCCAACCUUCCAAACCGAACCAUCCGGCUGUAAGAUAUCCCCAAUAUGCCACGCUGUGGCAAUCACGCGCAGUAAAUGAAAGUGGAAAAUAGCAUCUCUAAGUACAUAGUUGAAAACAUGAAAGAAAGGAAAAGGUGGGAGCAUCGUUAACCCUAACUCUUUCGUCUCUGAUGAUGGGAAGGUGCAGAUUGUGAUCCUUAGGUUAAAACACAGAAUCCAAAGAAAGAAGAGAGCCGAAUUCGGAACUCUUCCUCUCUCUAUAUAUAUUGAAUUCCUGUGUCUCUUUGUCUGUGUCUAGAGUUUGCAGUUUUUCUUUCACCCUUUUGGUUACCUUGCCCACGGUCGACUCAGGAAGAUAAGGAGAUCAACUGGUAGCUAAGAGAAGAAGGUGAAUAAAUUUAGAAAGAGUAGGUAUAUACAUAUAUAUAUAUAUAUAUAGAGAGAGAGAGAGAGAGAUUUCUAUAUAGUUAAGGUUACAAAAGGAGAUGGGAAGGGGAAGGGUAGAGCUUAAGCGGAUAGAGAACAAGAUAAACAGGCAGGUGACGUUUGCGAAGAGACGGAAUGGACUCCUCAAGAAAGCUUACGAGCUCUCCGUUCUCUGCGAUGCUGAGAUCGCUCUCAUCAUCUUCUCAAAUCGUGGCAAGCUCUAUGAGUUCUGCAGCACCAACAACAUGCUCAAAACACUAGAAAGGUACCAAGCAUGCAGUUAUGCUACAAAGGAAUUUAAUGGAACAUCCAGAGAGAUUGAGCAAAGUAGCUACAGAGAAUACUUGUUACUCAAAGCUAAACACGAGGCACUUCAACACUAUCAAAGACAACUUCUUGGUGAACACUUGGACCCCCUGAACAUGAAGGAGCUCGAACAUCUUGAGCAUCAACUAGAGACAUCACUAAACCGGAUUAGGUCAACUAAGACCCAGUUCAUGCUGGAUGAGCUUGCUGAUCUUCAAACCAAGGAAAGGCUCUGGAUUGAAGCUAACAAAGAUUUAGAGAGGAAGGAUAUAUGCCCCCUUUUUUGUUAUUUCAUAUUUGACAGCUUGAUGAAAUUUAUAACCAAAAUCACCUUGGAUCAUUCCAAUGGGAUGGUGGAAUGCAAAAUAGUCCACACUGCCACCUCUAUGCCCAGUCUCAAGUCUUCCUGCAGCCCUUGGACUGCAGUUGCAGCUUGCAAAUAGGGUUUAAUCCUGAAGUUUCGAACCAGCUUGCCGCUGUAACCCAUAAUGAGCAGAACAUGAAUGGCUUAAUCCCUGGUUGGAUGCUUUGAGAAUUGCGCUAUAAUAUCUGUACCUUUGAAUAAAGAAACAGCAGCAAAUGAAUGAUCAGAAAACUGCCCUCAACUCUUGGAUCUUGUCUUGUAGAACCUAUAUAUGGUGCUCUUAUCAAAUAUGAGAGGCUUGUUAAUCUCUCUUUCUGGAUCUUGUCUUGUAGAAUUGCAUCUUUGAUUGAGCUUGCUGAAUAAAGGAUUGUCUAGUCAAGCCUCCACUCGCAGUUCAGAUUAGAAG